AUGGCUGAGAAGAAAGUCGACCCAGCGACCGGCGAGGCGUACACGCUGAAGGAGCUCAUGGCACACUACAAGGGGACUUACAAGAAGAAGGAGUUGGAGGAGUACUUCGACAACCAUUGCAAGCCCGUGAAAGUUCGACAGAGUAAGGCAAAGGCCAAGCCAGCAAAGGACGCAAAGCCUGAGCCCAAGGCGAAGGCCAAGGCGAAGGCGACGGCAAAAGCCAAGUCCGCCCCAUCAAAGACCAAGGAUGCGCCCAAGGAGGAUGCCGAGCCCAAGGGUUUGCGUACCGGCAAGGACGGUGGCGCCUCGGCCCUGGCGAAGCUCCGCAGCUUCAGCCGCUGUGUGCUCGCCGAGUACGUGUGGCUGGAUGCCGAUGGCGUCACCCGCUCGAAGACCAUGACCAUGACUGCCCGACCUCUCAAAGUCACAGACCUGAAGGUCUGGAACUACGAUGGAAGCAGCACCGGCCAGGCUGAUGGGCACAACUCGGAGGUGCUUCUGAAGCCCCGUGCCAUUUUCAACGACCCUUUCCGCGGCUAUCCCCAUGUCAUGGUGCUGGCCGAUGCUUGGCAGGCCUGGGACGACAAGCCCGCCAAGAACAACACCCGCGCGACCUGUGCGGAGACCAUGGACAUGUACAAGUCGCUGGACCCCUGGUUCGGCAUCGAGCAGGAGUACACCUUGAUGAAACCCGGCCGUGUGGGUGAGAAGGCGAAGACACCCCUGGGCUUCAACAAGGACGACUCCGAGCCGGCACCCCAGGGCCCGUACUACACAGGUGCGGGUUACAACGUGGCCAUCGGCCGCCCUGUGGCGGAUGAGCACUACAAGAUGUGCAUGGAGGCCGGCGUCAAGAUCUCGGGCAUCAACGCUGAGGUCAUGCCGGGACAGUGGGAGUUCCAGGUUGGCCCUUGCCGUGGCAUCGAGAUGGGUGACCACUUGACCAUGGCACGCUACAUCAUGCUCCGGGUCACCGAGAAGCACGACUGCGUCUGCUCCUUCGACCCGAAGCCGAAGGAGGGUGACUGGAACGGCGCUGGCUGCCACACCAACUUCUCCGUGACGCCCAUGAGGAGCCCUGGUGGCUACGACACCAUCAUCAAGGUGUGCGAGGCUUUCGGCAAGGUCGCCAAGGAGCACAUUGCCGAGUAUGGCGAGGGCAAUGACAAGCGCCUCACUGGAAAGCACGAGACCUGCGAUAUCAACACCUUCAAGUACGGGGUCGCCAACCGCGGUGCUUCCAUCCGCAUCCCGCGCGAUGCCGAGAAGGCUGGCCGUGGCUACAUGGAGGAUCGUCGGCCUGCAGCCAACUGCGACCCCUACCGUGUCACCAACAUCAUCAUGAAGACGACCGGGGAGUGCCUCAACGCUGAGAUCGUGGAGGCCGGCGCAAAGAUGCACACGGCCUUCGUGUUCAUCAAGCCCCACGCCGUCACUGACAACGUCAAGACGCUUGUGAAGGACAAGCUCACGGAAGGUGGCCUCACCAUCAAGAGCGAGGGUGCCAUUAAGGCCGAAGUUAUCGACAAGAAGAAGCUCAUUGACAUCCACUACGGCGCCAUCGCCGCAAAGGCUGUCAUGAAGAAGCCUUCGGAACUCACCGUGCAGGAGAAGGCUCAGGCGGAGUUCGAGAAGCAGUUCGGCGUCGCCUGGAGCAAGGUGAUGGAAGAUGGCCUGGUCUUCAACGCCAUGGAUGGUGCCAAGAAGCUGGGAAUCAGCCCCGACGAGCUGGGAAAGAAGUACGACGCGCUCAAGAAGGGCGAGACCAUCAUCAAGUUCGGUGGCGGCUUCUACUGUGGCAAGGUUGACAGCAUCUACGUCAUCAACGGCUUCUACAUGAACAUGCGCUCGAAGUUCACCGCGCCAGGAACGAGCAUCUACUACUACGAGGUGGAGUGGCCCGCUGACAAGAUGAAGUGGGAGGACUUCCGAGGCAAGUUCCUCGGUCCCACCGACCCGGCACAAGCCCCUGCCGGCUCCCUGCGCAACCUCAUCUACAAGGACUGGAGUGACCUCGGACUAAAGGCGCAGCCGGAUACCGGCGACAACGGCGUCCACGCCUCCGCUUCCCCUUUCGAGGCACUGGCAGAGCGCUGCAACUGGCUCCGGGCCUCCAUGACCAAGGAUCCCUUCGGCAAGGCGCUGCUGGCCAGCGGCCUCACCCCUGGGAUGGCGAAGAAAUGGUUCGAGGACCCGGCUUUGGAGUUCGAGGGAGGCAAGAAGUCCGUCUUUGACAUGCUGGAGGAUCUGGAUGCCGGCGACUGCCUGAAGAAGUGCAAGGCCAUCGCUGCAGCCAACAAGUGA